UCAUUGUCACAUUACUCAAUCAUAGAAUGUAACGCAAGGGUAAUUUUGUAAUUUCACAUGUAGCAUAUAAUCCAUCUAAAACCAACCAACAACAUAGAAAUUAUUUCAAUUGUCUUCUCUGCUUCCCACUUCUAUAUUUUCCAAUCAUAGUGUUCAAAAAACAGUACUAGGUGUAUAUCAUAUGUUACCUUAAAAACCUUGUCAAAACCUUAUUCUCUGUCUGUGUCUGUUCACAUUCAAAAGCUAAUCUUUCAUUAGCUUCUUAUGGCAUUCAGAAUCAGAAUCUUUGUUGUUGUUAUUCUUGUUUUUGUUUUUCAUUUCAUAGGUGGUUAUUCUUCUUCUAUUCAAGAGGUUCUCCGGAGCCAUGGUUUACCGGCGGGACUAUUUCCGGAGAGCGUGAAGUCGUAUAAUUUGGAUCAAAAGGGUGUUUUGGAAGUGAAGUUGGAUAGUCCUUGUAUUGUGAAGUACGAGAAUAGAGUGUUUUUCGAAACGGUUGUUCGUGCUAACCUUAGUUUUGGUCAGCUUAAAGAUUUGGAAGGACUUUCGCAAGAAGAGCUUUUUCUUUGGUUACCAGUGAAAGAUAUAAUUGUGGAUGAUCCUUCAUCGGGGCUCAUUCUUAUUGAUAUUGGAAUUGCUUAUAAACAACUUUCUCUUUCUCUCUUUGAAGAUCCACCCGUUUGCAGAUCCCAAGGGUUUUCAGCGGAGAUGGUUGGAAGGGAGAGAAAUGGAUUUGAAGAUCAGAGAUAAAAGAUUGAUGGAUGUUUGAUCUAUAUGGAAAGAUGGUUUCUUUUCUAUGCUCAAUUUUGUUUUCAUUAGAAAUAGUUAUAUACUGUCUAAUGUGCAUAGAUCUCAUGAGGAUUGUGAUUAGGUUAGAAGAAGUCAGUUUGGAGAAGAAAGAAAAAAGUGAUGGUAGGGUUCAUUGUAAAAAUUUCUCUACAAUUGUGUGCCACUUUUUAUUUUACUAAUCUUCAAGGAAAGGUGUUUAAUUUAA